AUGUGCCCCAUACUCCAUCUCCAGGGGAAGAGGAAGGAGAUGGGCCGUAUAUUCACCACGAGUAUGAGGAAUCUGAAAAGAGCAACAGUGGUGCUACACUUCGGGGGAGAGGAGAAGAUUGAAGAGCAAGUAGGCUCGCUUGUUCGGCAACUGACCAGGCACUCGACUCGAUACUCUGUGACCGGCAAUCUUGAGAACCCUUUCACCAGCGACAAUGCCGACUCAGCUGUCAACCCCAACAGUCCCAAAUUCAAUGUGCGCAAUUGGAUGAAGAAUCUCUUGGCUAUUCGCUCCCGCGAUCCUGAUCUAUAUCCCAACCGAACCGCGGGUGUAUCUUUCAGGAAUCUCAGCGUGCACGGAUUUGGAUCGCCCACUGAUUACCAGAAGGAUGUUUUGAACAGUCUAAUGGAGAUCGGAACUAUGAUUCGACGUCUACUCGGUUCAAAGUUGCAGAAGAUUCAAAUCCUCCGCGAGUUCGACGGCCUUGUGAAAAGUGGAGAGAUGCUCGUCGUGCUGGGAAAGCCUGGCUCUGGAUGUUCCACUCUUCUCAAAACAAUCGCUGGUGAAAUGAGUGGUAUCUCGAUGUCCGAGGAAUCGGUGAUGAACUAUCAAGGAAUCUCGGCGAAGCGAAUGCAGAAUAACUUCAAAGGCGAAGCGAUAUACUCUGCCGAAGUUGAGAGCCAUUUUCCGAAUCUUAGCGUUGGAGACACCCUCAUGUUCGCUGCCCUGGCUCGAGCCCCUCGCAACCGCUUCGAUGGAAUCAGUACCCAACAAUACGCUGAACAUAUGCGAGAUGUCGUGAUGGCAAUGCUCGGCCUGUCUCACACAGUCAACACUCGUGUCGGAAAUGACUUUAUUCGCGGCGUCAGUGGUGGUGAAAGAAAACGCGUCAGUAUUGCGGAGAUCACAUUGAGUCAAAGUCCAUUACAGUGCUGGGACAAUAGCACGCGUGGCCUUGAUAGCGCGAACGCCCUUGAAUUUUGCAAAAAUCUGGCUUUGAUGAGCAAAUACUCGGGUACGGCUGCAUGUGUCGCGAUUUACCAAGCCUCUCAAAGCGCCUACGACGUGUUUGACAAAGUUACUUUGCUCUAUGAGGGUCGCCAAAUCUAUUUCGGGCUUGCAACAGAAGCAAAACAAUAUUUCGUGGAUAUGGGAUUUGAAUGUCCUAGUCGCCAAACAACCGCCGACUUUCUCACAUCAAUCACAAGCCCGUCAGAGAGACGGAUUCGUCCAGGUUUUGAAGGUCGUGUCCCUCGGACCCCGGACGAACUUGCGGCGGCCUGGAAAUCGAGUCCUUCUCGUGCGAAGCUUCUGAAAGAGAUCGAAGAAUAUGAGGGUGAACAUCCGAUCGGUGGCGACUCUUACGGUAAAUUUGUCCACGCCCACCGAACUAUCCAGGCAAAACAUCAGCGCUCUGGGUCUCCAUACACCAUCUCGCUUUUCAAUCAAAUUAAGAUUUGUACCAUACGUGGUUUUCAACGUCUUCGGGGUGAUUUCAGCCUAACCAUCACAGCUCUUGUCGGCAAUUUUAUCAUGGCCCUCAUCAUUGGGUCAGUUUUUUACAGGUUACCUAACAACACGAGCAGCUUUUAUAGCCGCGGCGCUUUACUGUUUUUCGCAGUUCUCCUGAAUGCAUUUUCCAGCGCCUUGGAGAUUCUCACGCUCUAUGCUCAACGACCGAUCGUCGAAAAGCAGUCGAGAUUCGCAUUUUAUCACCCCCUUGCCGAAGCUGUCGCAUCGAUGAUUUGCGACGUGCCCUACAAGCUCAUCAACUCCGUCACCUUCAAUAUACCUCUAUACUUCAUGACCAACCUUCGGCAAGAGCCGGGUGCGUUCUUCAUAUUUUGGAUCUUUAGUGUCGUGACGACAUUUACAAUGUCUAUGAUCUUUCGCACUAUCGCAUCGGCAUCGAGAUCAUUAUCACAGGCCCUUGUCCCCGCUGCAAUUCUGAUCCUCGGUAUGGUUAUCUACACUGGAUUUACCAUUCCGACUCGCAACAUGCUUGGCUGGUCGAGAUGGAUGAAUUAUAUCAAUCCGAUCGCGUAUGCUUUUGAAAGUUUUAUGGUCAAUGAGUUUCACAAUCGGACAUUUCCAUGCGCAGCAAUCGUGCCUUCUGGUGGUGUGUAUGACAGUAUCUCGAUGGAAAAUCGUAUCUGCUCUACCGUUGGUGCCGAGUCUGGCUCGACACUCGUCUCUGGCACGCUCUACGUUGAGUUGAGUUUUGACUAUCUCAAGGGACAUAUUGGUAGAAACAUGGGUAUCUUGAUUGCAUUUCUGGUGUUCUUUUGCGGGGUGCAUUUACUGGCAACGGAGUUUAUUUCUGAACAGAAAUCCAAGGGCGAAGUUCUUCUCUUUCGCCAAGGAAAUCAACCAAAGUACGUUGGUGGCGAGUCCGAUGCGGAAUCAGCUCCCUUGCCCAACACGAAUGAAAAGACCGACGAAACAAAUCCGGAGUCCACAUCCAUCCAACGCCAGACAGCCAUUUUUCAAUGGCAGGAUGUUUGUUAUGAUAUUAAAAUCAAAGGCGAACCCCGGCGGAUCUUGGACAACGUUGACGGAUGGGUGAAGCCGGGAACAUGCACCGCUUUAAUGGGAGUGUCUGGAGCUGGCAAAACCACGCUGCUCGAUGUUCUUGCUACCAGAGUCACCAUGGGAGUUGUGACAGGCCAAAUGCUUGUGGACGGUCAGCCUCGUGAUCAAUCAUUUCAACGAAAAACUGGAUAUGUACAACAGCAAGAUCUCCAUCUACCUACAUCGACAGUUCGUGAGGCAUUGGAAUUUAGCGCUAUCUUACGCCAACCAGCAUCAGUCAGCCGCGAGGACAAAGUCGCUUACGUCAAUGAAGUGAUCACCUUAUUGGGCAUGGAAGCAUAUCAAGAUGCAGUGGUCGGAGUCCCUGGAGAAGGACUCAACGUGGAACAGCGCAAACGUCUGACAAUUGGCGUUGAGCUUGCAGCAAAGCCUCAAUUGUUACUUUUCCUGGAUGAACCCACGAGUGGAUUGGAUUCCCAAACGUCAUGGUCGAUAUUGGAUCUCAUCGAUACGUUGACCAAGCACGGCCAAGCUAUUCUCUGCACUAUUCAUCAACCUUCGGCAAUGCUCUUUCAACGCUUCGAUCGAUUGCUCUUUUUGGCGAGAGGCGGUAAGACGAUCUAUUUCGGCGAAAUUGGUGAGAAUUCAAAGACAUUGUCCAAUUAUUUCGAACGGAAUGGCGCGCAUCAUUUAUCGCCUGGCGAAAAUCCUGCAGAGUGGAUGCUAGAAGUUAUUGGGGCAGCACCGGGAACCCACAGCGAGAUCGAAUGGCCAAAAGUCUGGCGAGAGAGCCCUGAGUAUGGAAAGGUCAAGGAACAUCUGGGUCAGCUAAAAGAGACACUUUCCGCCAAGCCUCAAGAAGCUGGAUCCUCGGGCGCAUAUACGGAGUUUGCAGCCCCAUUCUACACGCAACUUUACGAAUGUUUGGUUCGCGUCUUUGCUCAAUAUUACCGGAGUCCGAUCUAUAUCUGGUCAAAAGCGGCACUCUGUAUUUUCACCUCGUUGUAUAUCGGCUUUUCAUUUUUCCAUGCUCCAAACUCGAUUCAGGGACUGCAAAACCAGAUGUUUUCUGUGUUCAUGCUGAUGACAAUUUUUGGAAAUCUUGUUCAACAGAUCAUGCCAAAUUUUGUCACACAGCGGUCGCUGUAUGAGGUCCGUGAGAGGCCCUCAAAAGCCUACUCGUGGCAGGCGUUCAUGACGGCGAAUAUUAUCGUUGAGCUCCCUUGGAAUACAUUAAUGGCAGUUUUGAUCUUCGUCUGUUGGUAUUAUCCGAUUGGUUUAUAUAACAAUGCCAGUGAGACAGGUUCGGUGAGCGAGAAGGGGGCUCUCAUGUUUUUACUCAUUUGGACCUUUCUCCUUUUUACAUCAACAUUUGCACACAUGGUAAUAGCUGGCAUUGAGCUUGCGGAAACAGGCGGAAACAUCGCAACGAUGCUCUUCUCGCUCUGUCUCAUUUUCUGUGGUGUUCUCGCGACAAAGGAUGCCCUACCGGGAUUCUGGGUUUUCAUGUAUCGCGUUUCCCCGUUCACCUAUCUUGUGUCAGCUAUGCUGUCUACAGGGCUGUCAGGAGCCGAUGCCCGAUGCGACGCAUUGGAAUACUUGACCCUUUCCCCGCCAUCCAAUCAGACCUGUGCAGAGUAUUUGGAUCCCUACAUUUCUGCCGUUGGCUCAGGCUAUCUCCUCAGUCCCGAAGCAACAUCCGACUGUGCACUGUGUACGGUCAGCAAGACUGACACCUUUCUCGCACAAAUUGGCAGUUCUUAUUCCACGGCUUGGAGGGACUGGGGCCUUAUGUGGGUAUACAUUGCCUUCAACAUCUUUGGUGCAGUGUUCAUUUACUGGUUGGCGCGAGUACCCAAAGGAAACAAGACCUCCGGCACCACCUAG